GAUAUUCGUUAUGACGCCUCCUGUCUCAGCAUUCAAGAAAACUCCGAAAAAAGAAGAGCAUCCUUUGGUUGCUAUUGUUAUUUUAGAUGCUUUUGAUCAAAGAUUUGCGCCGACUCACGAGUCGUAUCCGUGCUUUGGAACCAUCCCCAUUUGUAAUGUUCCUGCAAUCAAUUUUGCCCUCUCCUGGCUUAUGCGAACGGAAGUAAAAAAUGUAAUGCUAGUUGUCAGUGGAUUGAAUGCAGAUCAUGCAACAAGCGUACAAAGAGAGUGGAGAUUAGCCUUCGAUGAAUUCACAGUUGUCGUUUGUGAUGGAGCGAGUAGUGUGGGCGAUUGUAUGCGAGAGAUACACAAUAGAGAACUGAUCACAGGCGAUUUCAUGCUCAUCUCGAAUCCAACUGCGGUUGUUAGCAGUACAUUGAGUGCACAAAUCUCGGAAUUCCGUAAGCGAAGAAGAGAAAACCCGGAUAAUGUGAUGACUCUUCUCUACAGUAAUCGCGAAAAUCCAGAACAUUUGGUUCUUGGAAUUAAUUCAGAAACAAGUAAACUGAUGCUCUUCCCGGCUGCGAACUCGCUAAAUCAAUUGAAAGCAUCGAAAAAAGAUUUCUAUGACGAGGUUGAUAUUCGCCGAGAUCUAACACCAACCGGAAUCGCUUUUUGUAGUCGACUGAUUGCUACUCAAUUCAGUGAUAAUUUUGAUUUUGUCGGAAUUGAUGAUGUUGUUCGAGAAAUUCUAUCAAAAGACGAUAUUCUUGGAAUGAGCGUUCAUGUCGAGGUUUUGUCACCGAAGGAAAGAGCAUUUUGUGCAUAUGACUACGAAUCAUUAAUUCUUCUAAAUAUUCUGAUGCUCGAAAGAUGGUUCUAUCCACUCGUUCCCGAAAAUUCAGAUCCGUCUCGAUAUUUCUCUGCAAACCCUCGGAAUUUAUAUUUAGAAGAGAAUGGAGAUGAGAUCAGUAUAAAAGCCAAUACCUGGAUACUGAAUAAUAAUUGCUCUACCGUAUGCCUCGGCGUCAAAACGGACAUCGCCUAUGACGCUUUCAUUCGCAACUCGUGCAUUGGUGCCCACACUGAAAUUUCCUCGAAAACUCGAAUCACUUCAUCAAUGAUUGGAAAAAAUUGUAAAAUCGGAGAAAACUGUGUGAUAGAGUACGCGUUUAUCGGAGAUGAUGUUGUUAUUCCAAAUGGCGCACACAUUCCGAAAGAAUCGAUUAUAGGAAAUGGAGUAAUGUAUCCAAAAGAGCUUCCAAAUAUCCAAAAUACUGCGAUUUUCAAAAAUGCAAUCAAUGAGGAAACUUUUGAGAAAUUAAGUUCUCAGCCAAUUGGGAAUGUUCAUGUAUCGAAAUUCCGAAAUGGUGGACCAUUCUGGAGACGAUCGGUUAACGGAAAAACUAAUUUUGCAUUGGAAGAAGAUGAUUCUGAAUCCGAAUAUUCUGAAUCUGAAGAAGAAGACGAUGGAGUAGGAAACUCAACUAAAAUGUUCCAUGAUGAAGUUUUAGAAUCAAUGCAGAAAAUUUUGGAAUCUGAAAAUUCGUUGAUGCGGAAUCUCAUUUUGGAAAUCAACUCUUCAAAGUUAGCUUGCAAUGUAACAAUGGACGAGGUUGCUAGAAAUGUAUUCGCUGCAUUCAUGAAAUUGAAACAUAAUCAAGAUUUUAAUAAGAUGAAAGAACUUAUUGUUAAAUGGCAACCUCUUUUCCUGAACUACUAUAAAACAUCGGCGGAAUCGCUCAAAGUAAAAUCUGCAGAUCAAAAACGAUUUGAGUUGGAUUUAAAACGGAGAUGCCAAAUUCAACUUCUUCUUGCCAUUGAAGACAAAUUUGAUAGAGAUGAGAGUUUUGGAGUAAAAGCUCAGGCAUUGGUUCACUAUUUGUAUCAAGAAGCAGAUAUAUUGGAUGAAGAUUCGAUUAUUGAAUGGGCAGGGUCUAUUGCAGAAGAAUCUAAAUUGAAGGGGCUUAUGAAAAAGAUUGUUGAUUGGUUACAAGAAGAUGAUGAUGAGGAAGAAUCGGAGGACGAAUAGAAAUCAUUAUAUCCACAUUUUUGUUAUUUAAUAUUUAGAAAUGUUUUUCAAACACUAAAAUUUGAUAUAGGGAAUAUUCCAAAUUGUUUUCUAGCUUAUAUUUAAGAAUAAUUUCAAUUUCCCCGUGUUCUUUUGUUUUUAGUAACUCGAAUUGUUGGAAUUUUCCGGGUCUUGUUAUGACUGAAAGUUUUCAACCACUUUUCUUCCCAUAUCAAUCACUUUUUGGCAUAUUUAUUUUUCUUAUUCAUUUUUGAAAUUAUAAAUCAGGUUUUU